AUGCUCGCAGCCUACCCUUCAGGGCUCGUCCAAGGCCAAGGCAAGUCGGCGUCGGGUGCCAGCGCUCGUGCUAAGGUCUUGGACGGUCAGCACGGACGCAUCGUCAGUGCGGCACAGGCAAAGUCGACAGACCGCGGCGCCACGGCCAAACCUUCGCUGUCCCUGCGUGAUUUCCUGCUGGAGCUGGAGCAUGGGAGCUACGGUCGAAGCUCACGAUUUUCCUGGUUUAUCAAGCAGGCGGCGACGGACGAGACGAGUGAGGCUGCGACUGCUGGGGCGCUCCGGCAGAUCGAGGAGCCGGUCGCCGAAGUCUCCGCCUUGUCUGAGUUCUUCGUGGUAGGCGACUGGAGCGACUGGGCUUUUGAGCCCCUGCAAAGGAGCGAGAGCAGCAGGAAGUGUGAAGAGCGUGAAGAGCUCGUGCUGGAAGUGACGCUCCCACGUGCAGGUGGCGAGUUUCAAAUCGUAUGUGACCGGGACUGGUCCCGGGUACUGUACCCAGGAGGCGGCAAGGAAGUUCUUGGACCGGACUCCGAUGGCCAUGGGAGGAACUGGUCUUUAAAUGGUCAAAGAGGAGACAUCUUCUUGGUAAGGCUUCUUCCUGGUCACCCGGGUCACCCUGGACCUCUGGUGUCCUGGGACUUAGUGGAAGCUGGCCCAGCGGAAGAGCACUGCAUUUCCUACAGCUCUAUUCCCGAAGGCUCCGGAUGGCAAGAUGCCGUCCAGCGGGUUGAGGAGAUGAAGCGAUAUGGUGAGGACUGCCGUGCUGCUCGCAGCCAGGCCCUGAAGCUCUGCGGUGAAGCAGGAGCCUCCGCGGCAGCACUUCAAUUGCUGGAAGACAUAUGGUCGGAGGACAAGCAAUCCAACGAGCCCAGCCAGGAAGAUUACCAGUCAGUGCUCCGCGCCUGUGAGCUUGCUGGGGAGGCAGAAACUGCCGCUGCCGUAAGGCAGGAGAUUGCCGAGCGAGGAGAGGAGCAGGAGGAUCGUUUUUGUCUCACGCCCCGUGUCUACUGGAACCGGGAUGUCCGGCGGAUGGGAUGCGGAGCGAGCAACGCCUUAGAUUGGCAGGGAGGCGAUCCUCCUGAACCUCCUACUUCAUCUUCGUGGCUGUUGCCUGCCUCGGACAGCAUGGCCGUCGAGAUCGCCCGACAGCAGGAAGCUCUAAAAGAAGCAGGAUGGCGGAUCUUAUCCUGUGAUCCUGAUGUUGUGCGACGCCUGGACGACAAAGUUGAGCUGCAGGCACUCGCAGAAGGUGCUGGACUGUCAUCAUACUUUCCGAAACGAUUCCGGUUGCCGGAGGCAGCGUCGUAUCCAUGUAUCUUGAAGCCUGCAGCAGGAGAGUUCGGUGCGGGAGUACAAAUAGUCUACUCUUCCGAGUCCGUGCGCCGGAUCACAGGCGUAGACUCUGGGGAGUUGACAGGUCGGUGGCUCCUGCAAGAGCUAGUUGUCGGAUGCUAUGAAUUUUCAACAUCAUUGCUUGUUCUGAAUGGCAAGAUUUUGGAAAAGGCUUGCAUUCGCUACCGGUAUGAUGCCGAGGAGUAUGUUUGGCCUCAGGUGACCGAGUUGGAUAAGGAACUGGUCGAACCGCCUGAGCCAGAGCUGAAGGUUAUGGAAAAGCUUGUUCAGGGAUACUCUGGUUUCGUGAAUUUCAACUACAAGAUCAGACGAACAGAUGAGCAGAUGCUCAUCAUGGAAGCCAAUGCACGAGUUGGCGCAGAUCUGGCUUGUGAUGUCCCUCGUCCUCUCGCGCGCCGCAUGCUGGAGUUGUUGGAUGAAGUUCAUGAGCACGGACCGAAGGCAGAAAGGAUCCGUGACGGCGUGGGCGAGGUGGUUGGCGCCGGGAAGCUCUGCCUCGACGUCGGGACGCGUGCCCUGUACAUAGGUGCAGAUGGCUCCAUUUAUUUCAUUGACGAGAACGGCUCGCGUGUGCAGCGGUACUUUGACGGUCAAACCACGUCUGUGGCCGGCCGCCCGGAGAGCGGCAGCGAAGCUUCGCAGCUGGAGGAUGCCGAAGACAUCUUCGUCACGCGCGAAGGAGUGCUGUAUGUGUCCGACAGCGGCAACAACCGCAUCCAAAAGUGGACUCCCGGAGCUACGGAGGGUGUGACGGUGGCUGGUGGCAAUGGCAAGGGCUCACGCCUGGAUCAGCUGCAGCAUCCUGUGGGCCUCCAUAUCACAGAGGAUUCCACAAUCUACAUAGCAGAUUACCAGAACCACCGCAUCAUGAAAUGGCGAGAAGGCUGGCAGCAUGGGCUGGUGGUUGCCGGUGGCCAAGGAAACGGAACGGUGAAUGUGCAGCAUGACUCCAUUGCCUGGCUCGCUCAGGUGGACGAUGCCGUGGGAACAGAAGGCACUUGGGGCAGUGCACAGCUAGACUGCGCAGGCUUCUACGGCGAGGAGGAGGUCCACCCGCGGUGCUGGGGGGCACCGUGGCUGGCUCGCUUCGUGGCCACGGAGGUGGGCCUGAGCCUUCUCGCUGGCGCAGCCGCUAGUUCCGGGCAAACCUUGGGAUACCUGUGCCUGGCAUUGCUGCCCCUCUUCGCCGCCUACUACAGGCAGGAGCUUGAUCGGCUACUGCAGAAGCCUCACAGCGAGGAUCUAGAGACCUGGCAAACUCAGCAGCUUUUCCUCCAUGGCGUGCCUUGCCUGGCAGCCAGCUUUCAGGUCUCUUGGCUGCGACUCGCACAGUUUGUCGCAUCGCAGCAGGAUGUGGUGUUCCCGUCCGCACUUUGCUUCGUGUUCCUCAACAUAGGUUUCGCUUUGGCAAUGAUCGCCACGAACGUUCUGCAGGAGAUCGCGUUGCCCGCCCGGAAGGGCGAGGCCACCCCGGAGGUCUCGGUUGUGCAGGUCACGGAAUCCACGGCAAGAGCUGAGGAGUUGGCUGAAGCAUGCUCCAUAUGUCUUAGACCUCUCGGCAUCGGCGAGCCACUCACACGUCUACAUUGCGGCCAUGCAUUUCAUCGUCCUUGCAUCGAGGGAUGGCUGCGCAGCGGUGUCAUCUCUCGUGACACGCGGAUCUGUCCUCUGCGCUGCGAGAAUCCACCGCAGCCGCCGCCGCCGCGACCGACCAGUCGCCAGCGCCUGGCUGCUCUGGGUGGUACGGAAGUCUAG